AUGUCCGUUGACGGUGGCACGACGCCUCGGCGGUUCUGGUCACCAUGGAAGGCGUUCAUUGCGCCAUUCCAUCCGCGAGGUCCCAACGGCCGCCAAAAGGGCUGGAGACCCUUUGCGUUACGUCCACCAUUCCUGGCUGGACUUGUAUGCUUGACAUGUGCCAUGUUCCUGACUUUGGAGGGUCUCCGGCAGUAUAGCAAUCGAAAAGGCGGCCUCGUUUUCUUCAACGAUACCGACGAUGUCACCUCACUGCAAUCCUUCUUAUACAAUUAUUUGCCCAUCAUCAUCUCGCUCCUACUGCUCAUGGUCUGGACCGUGGCCGACUUCGAUGUACUCCGACUCGAACCCUAUUUCCAACUCUCACAACCGGCUGGUGCCGCAGCCAAUGUGCUUUUUAUCAAUUACAACUUUGGACAAACGAUCCUGACUCCGAUAAAUGCCGCGCGUCGUCGCCAUUGGGUAGUUCUUUGGGUUUCUAUGGUCACACUUUCAAUUCGGAUGAUAUUGCCUGCCUUAUCAAGUACGCUCUUUGAACUUCGUGGAGUCGAUGUGAUCCACCACGCGGAAGUGAAGAGUUGGCCCACAUUAGUUGAUCUCGACAGUCAAGCCAGCUGGAUGUCAACACAAAGUAACAGCACUUUGGAUUCGGCCAUAUCAUCAAGUGAAAAAGUUCAACGCACGCGAUCUACAGAUUAUGCGAUCCCGCCGGUCGAGAUCCCCGACGAGACUAUCGAGAAAGACGCAUUGUGGACAAUGGACCAGAUAAUAUACUGGACUGACCUGGUGUGCAUUGAUGUUCCUGUGGAGGAUUCCCUUACAUCAGUCAAUAUCAACAAGGCCACAUCUAGCUCUGGCUAUCCUACCAUCUCAUGGAACGCGACGGGUGUCGAUAUUCAGGAUGAUGUUAACAGCUCAUCUUCCUGUCGAUUGAACUUCCAAUACGAUAACAUCUUCUUUCCAGAGACUGACUACCUCCAGAUUCGCUACUGGGAACCGGUCAUUGCUCAAUCCGCAGCGUCCGAGUAUCCGAACCGGACACACGCCUUCACAACUACCGGAUGUGAUCCCUACGAUAUCUAUGGUAUGAUGAUAGCUGUCAACGCCACCAACACCAAUUCCUCCGAUCUGCACUAUGCAGCUUCUCCCGAUGCCUUUGCCUGUGACAUCAACUAUUAUAAAGCCCAAGCGAAGGUUACGAUGCAUUCCAACAGCUCCAUUACUUCGGUUCAAAUACACCCGGCCACGACCCGCUCAGUGACUGCAAAAGAGUUCAACAUCAUCCACUUCCAAGCCCUGUUGUCGACUCACUCUCCGUACACUAGCGAUAUGCUAUUUAUUCGCGAAAAUCAAACCACUGGAGCCCGCAUAGUCACCGAAUUACCCGUUAUUAGCGAAGAAUUAGGUGACCUCGAACCUCUUAUUGUCUUGGACAGCGCUACGGUCAUGACAAAAUUUGAAUUCCAGUCUCGCAUUCGCCGUGACGUGAAGCAAACAUUUAUUCUCACUCUUGGGCGUCUUUUCGACCCUGACCAUAAUCCCACCAUCAUCUCUGCAACCAGUUCCUCCAACCGAGUCGCCAUUGCAAUCGUUACUUUUGCCGCAUUCACUUCAGAGUUCAUCCUAGCUGUCGCUGCCGUCACUGCAUUUUAUCUGCUUUUCUUAUACAGGUUUCGCGAGACAUUUCUUAAAAGUGACCCUGGCUCCAUUGGAGCUAUGUGCAGUAUUGCCGCCGAUGUUUUCCACCCUUUAAACAUUUUAGCCGACCCCAACACCGAUUUUCAUCAGUUUUCUACUCGUCAACUCAAUCGUUUGUUCCGAAAAGCCCGCUGUUAUUGGCGUCCCGGUCCAUCCGGUGACCGACUGGAGAUAUUGGCUGAAGAUGGGUCGCCGGUACAGCUUGAAGCGGAUACACGAACCCGGGUCGACCCAAUGCCUCAUUUUCUAGUCGUCCCUUUUUUCCUCGUUGAAUUUCUUUUACUAGCAGGAGUUAUUAUAAUGAUGGGCCUUGUGGUUUCCUCUCUUCAACGCGACGGUCGGCUACGCCAUUUAACACAAUCUGGCUCGAGCUCUUUACAAGUCGUCCUUUCUUUUCUUCCUUCCGUUGUGGCGUCCUCCGUUGGAUCCCUGUGCACAUCGAUUCAUCGAAACCUUAGUGUCCUGGAGCCUUGGGUUCACCUUCAAAGAGGAAUGGCUUCGGCUCGUGAUUCUCUAACACUCAACUACGCAUCGCAAAGCCCCGCUGCGAUAUUGUUCAAAUGUGUUCGUGAUAAGCAUAUUUUGCUUGGUCUAGUCUCCUUGGCAUGCGUGGUUAAUAUGGUGUUAACCGUUGUUGCUGGCGGCUUGUUCACUCAGGAGUUGAAAACAUCUUCUCUCCCAACAACUGAUCUAACCAUGAACUAUAGCCAGUCUGUUUUCCAGCGAAGCGACUUUGCGGCCGAGUUCACUGAGUACGAUCUAAUACAAACUAGCAUUAUGAGUGGUGUUCCCAUGCUUCCCUGGACGAGCUCUAAUCGGUCAUUUGUGCCCGUGCAUGUUCAUGGUCAUAAAUCGGACGCGAUGUACGGAGCAGAUAUUCUGGGCAUUGGUGCUGACAUGGAAUGUAAAGCAUUAACCCCCGAGGAAGGUCUCUUUCGCAACGAGUCCUCCGGACAGGACUAUUGGCGGUAUACUACGUUUGAGAACUCGUCAAUCGAAUGUUCGGCGGCCAUGCCAUCCCAGAGUAAGGACGAGGGUAUUGCACUGUCUAUUCAUUUCCUUUCGCCUGAUGAUAUGAAUGGCACCACUGUCUGCCAGACAUCCACGGUCUUAGUGGUUGGGCGCUGGGAUUAUCUUGCUGAUAGCCCGAUCACCGAUUCUAACACAAUUGCCGUCCACUGCGAGCCUCGGGUAGCCUUACAAAACUACUCAACCACAUUUGACGAAAGGGGCCAGAUCAAGAAACAUACGCCUCUUAAUCACACGUCUAUCACCGAAGGCUCCAUGUAUGAGAACGCGACCGUUAGCUUGGGCCAGUUCAAUAAAGUUUUUGCUGCUAUUCCUGAUAGCUAUGUGGGAAACACAACUGCCAUAAACGGAACGUAUAACAUCUCUUCAUACGAUUGGGCCGGCUUUCUUGUUGCUCGUCUUUACCAGCGCGAAGAUCCGGACUUCGACUCUCUGGAAGCUGUGCGCCUCAUUGACUUGACUCGGCAUGUGUAUCAAUGGGUUUACAGUACAUAUUUCUCCAUUUGGCGUCAUCUUUACCUCGACCCUGCGGGGCACGAAUCUCAAGCCACCAAUCCGAUUGUCAUCCAAAGCACUUGGUACAUGAUGCCAUCUAUUCCCUCCCUGGCGAUCGCUUUGAUGAUCAUUGGCUUCGACACUCUCAUCAUUUUGCUUGUCUUUGGCACACGCCGAGGCCGAUUCCGAGGCCCAAGAAUGCCGCGUUCAAUCGGUGCUGUUGUACCAUGGAUUGCCCAUAGUCGAAUGCUGGGCGAUUUCCAGGGCACUCAUACUUGGACUAACGUUCAACGACGUAAUAAUCUCGGUGAGUUGGGGAAACGCUAUGCCUUUCGAAUGUUUCUGAGUCCAGACGGUCGCUGGCGAUUUGCUGUGGAUGAAGAACCGGACCAGAAAGCCGUUGAAUCCGAUGACCAUGCAAAGUCUACAUCUAUCCAACUACAAGAGAUGCCUGGCCACACACCUGAAGCCUAA